GCUCGCGGCCCGGGCAGUUGGCUCGGCGGCAGCGGAGCGGCCAGAGCGGCCGGAGCGGCGGUGCCGAACGGGGCCGCGCGGCGUGGCGCUGGGAGCGGCGGCAGCGGCAGAGCCAGAGCAACAUGGCGCCGGUGGGCGGGGGCGGGCGCCCGGGCGGCGGGCCGGCCCGCGGGCGCCUCCUCCUGGCGGCGCCGGUGCUGCUGGUGCUGCUGUGGGCGCUGGGGGCCCGGGGCCAGGGCAGCCCCCAGCAGGGCGCGAUCGUGGGCAUGAGGCUGGCGAGCUGCAACAAGUCGUGUGGGACGAACCCGGAUGGCAUCAUCUUCGUGUCCGAGGGCAGCACCGUGAACCUGAGGCUGUACGGCUACAGCCUGGGCAACAUCUCCAGCAACCUGAUCUCCUUCACCGAGGUGGACGAUGCCGAGACCCUCCACAAGUCCACCAGCUGCCUCGAGCUCACCAAGGACCUGGUCGUCCAGCAGCUGGUCAACGUGAGCCGCGGGAACACGUCCGGCGUGCUGGUGGUGCUCACCAAGUUCCUCCGGAGGAGCGAGAGCAUGAAGCUGUAUGCACUGUGCACCCGGGCCCAGCCCGACGGGCCCUGGCUGAAGUGGACGGACAAGGACUCACUGCUCUUCAUGGUGGAGGAGCCUGGGAGGUUCCUGCCUCUCUGGCUGCACAUUCUCCUAAUUACGGUGCUGCUGGUGCUGUCGGGCAUAUUUUCUGGCCUCAACCUCGGGCUUAUGGCCCUGGACCCCAUGGAGCUGCGCAUCGUGCAGAACUGUGGCACCGAGAAGGAGAGGCGCUAUGCCCGCAAGAUUGAGCCCAUCCGGCGCAAAGGCAACUACCUUCUCUGCUCGUUGCUCCUAGGGAACGUGCUGGUCAACACCUCCCUCACCAUCCUUCUAGACAACCUCAUCGGGUCCGGCCUCAUGGCGGUGGCCUCCUCCACCAUUGGCAUUGUCAUCUUUGGGGAGAUCCUACCUCAGGCCCUGUGCUCCCGACAUGGGCUGGCUGUGGGUGCCAACACCAUCCUUCUCACCAAAUUCUUUAUGCUAUUCACCUUCCCCCUCAGUUUUCCCAUCAGCAAGCUCCUGGACUUUUUUCUGGGCCAGGAGAUUCGCACUGUUUACAACCGGGAGAAGCUGAUGGAAAUGUUGAAGGUGACGGAGCCCUAUAAUGACCUCGUGAAAGAGGAGCUCAAUAUGAUCCAGGGUGCCCUGGAACUACGGACCAAAACUGUAGAGGAUAUCAUGACCCAGCUCCAGGACUGCUUCAUGAUCCGCAGCGAUGCCAUCCUGGACUUCAACACCAUGUCGGAGAUUAUGGAAAGCGGCUAUACCCGCAUCCCGGUGUUCGAAGAGGAGCAGUCCAAUAUUGUAGAUAUUCUCUACGUCAAAGACUUGGCCUUUGUGGACCCCGAUGACUGCACCCCCCUCAAGACUAUCACUCGCUUCUAUAACCACCCGGUGCACUUUGUCUUCCAUGACACCAAGUUGGAUGCCAUGCUGGAGGAGUUCAAGAAGGGGAAGUCCCACCUGGCCAUCGUGCAGAAGGUAAACAAUGAGGGUGAGGGUGACCCCUUCUACGAGGUCCUGGGCCUGGUCACCCUGGAGGACGUGAUCGAGGAGAUCAUCAAGUCGGAGAUCCUGGACGAGUCCGACAUGUACACUGACAACCGAAGCCGGAAGCGGGUGUCUGAGAAGAACAAGCGUGACUUCUCUGCCUUCAAGGAUGCGGACAAUGAGCUCAAAGUGAAAAUCUCCCCGCAGCUCCUCCUGGCCGCUCAUCGCUUCCUAGCCACGGAGGUCCCCCAGUUUAGCCCCUCCCUGAUAUCAGAGAAGAUCCUGCUGCGGCUACUCAAGUACCCAGAUGUCAUUCAGGAACUCAAGUUUGACGAGCACAAUAAGUACUACGCCCGCCAUUACCUGUACACCCGAAAUAAGCCGGCCGACUACUUCAUCCUCAUCCUGCAGGGGAAGGUGGAGGUGGAGGCAGGGAAGGAGAACAUGAAGUUUGAGACGGGCGCCUUCUCCUACUAUGGGACUAUGGCCCUGACCUCGGUCCCCUCCGUGCCUUCAGUCCAGGUCGGGUGUCCGCCUGGCAAGCGGAACUCCCUGCUCUGCUGGCUCACAGACCGUUCCCCAGCCCACCCCACCCCACUCAGCCGCUCAGCCUCCCUCAGUUACCCAGACCGCACAGACGUCUCGACUGCAUCAACCUUGGCAGGCAGCAGCAACCAGUUCGGCAGCUCUGUCCUGGGCCAGUACAUCUCUGACUUCAGCGUCCGGGCACUCGUGGACUUGCAGUACAUCAAGAUCACUCGGCAGCAGUACCAGAACGGGCUGCUGGCCUCGCGCAUGGAGAACAGCCCUCAGUUUCCCAUAGAUGGGUGUACCACCCACAUGGAGAACUUGGCCGAGAAGUCUGAGCUGCCCGUGGUGGACGAGACCACAACUCUUCUCAACGAGCGUAACUCCUUGCUGCACAAAGCCUCCCACGAGAAUGCCAUCUGACAGGAGGGCCCGGGGCCCCCCGCCCACCCUGCGGGGGCCUCCCCAGUGGGCCCACAUGAAGAGAGGGAACCUAUUAGUCCAGAAAGGAUGCAGAUAGAUAGCCUGUCUGACUGAACAGCCAGAUGGCCCCCAGCCUAUGGGGGAUCUGGCCUCUGCCAGGGACCUCUGAGUAGCUCUGAGGUGGCACUGUCCAGCCCUGGAUAGGUGGGGCAGUGGGCCAGCUACUGUAAGCAAAGGCUGUUUUUUACAGAGAGAAUUUCUAAACUAGGCUCAUCGCUCUUUUUUUAAAUAUCAUUUUGGGAAGGGAAGACAGGGUUAAGGAACUUUAUUUAAAAAAAAUUUUUUUUCCUAAAAACUAUAAAAGAGGAAGGGUUUCUUGUCCCGGGAAGCAAUGGACAUAAUCUGCUCCCAGCCAUGGCCUUCCAGCUUAUGUCCCUGAUUCAGGGAGCUCUCCCUUCCUCCUCCUCCUCCUCCUCCUCCUCCUCCGGAGGUGGGAUCCCAGAGCCUGCCAGUGGAGGCUUAUCUCUUGGGAGGAAGAUAGCUCUUCACAGAAGCAAAGAACAAAAUGGCAUGGAGAUCAGCUGCCUGGGUACCUGCACUGUAGCUUAUCUGACAAUGCUGAGGCCAAGAGCUCCUGGGUAGCUGUGAUCAGGGACAUGAUAAUCUGAGCUAUGGAGAGGAGCACAUCUGCUGUCAACUGCUGUACCCAGAAAUCUCCUAGAACUCUGCCGACAGCCUCUCCUGGUGAGUCGGGACUCAGCUGAGGACACAUCCCUGCCUCCCAUCUGGCCCUUUGGACAACUGGCCCUUUGUGACAGGGCUGACUCAAGCGUUAGGCAGGGUCUCAGGCCUUUGAUUGCUCACCCCUGCUCCCCAGGCCCUGCCCUCACUUUUACCAAAGGUUCCCCCUCGGCGGGAGGGCAUCUAUGUUGGAGGUGAUUUGUCUGGGUUCUUCCUUUUUGUUCCAGAAGGAACUGUCAGUCAUCAGCAUCUGCAUUGUUAGCAGUCAGUACCACCUCUGCCCCACAAUGAGAGUCAAGGCUGACUUGUUGACUGAAGCCUUUUUCCCAGACCCCUUAUUUCGAAUCCCCAAGCUUCAGUCCCUCUUGGGGGUGGAGACGAGGACAUGUGGGAAACCACGGAAGCAGGUUCUUUAUGUCCUUUCCUCUGUGGCUGGCAAGGCUCACCUGGCCUUAUCCACCCACUUAUAGAACCUCAGGAGAGAAGGGGUCCUCCUAAAGGCAUGCAGCUUGCAACCCCGCUUUCUCACACGUGUGAUCCUAGCAUGAGAGGUCAUCCUGCCCUUGCUGAAGUUAGUAGUACUGUACUAAGAGCUCUGCCCUCAUGUGAAUUCCUGCCCUGGCGCCUCUUCCCUGGGGCUGAAUCAGGCCCUGCUGCAAAACUCCAGACUUCCCAGAGUUGGGGAGGCUGUGGGACCAAGGUCCACGUUGGUCCUUCCGCUGGGUGCAGCAGGAGCUGGGUCCCGAGAGCCUGGCAGGUGAAACUCUGCAGGCCUUCCGCCUGAGUAUUAUUUAUUCACUCCUUUCCUCACCCCAAGUGCCCUGCUCUCCAGGUGCCUAGAGAAUCCUAACUCUUAGGACCAGGGAUUGUCUUGCACCAAGUUUGCCUACCCCUGGCCAGUCUGAGGUCUCCUAGCCAUAGAACUGACUCCUGGAAGCCUGGAGAGGUGGUGACACCCAUGGGUUCUCAACUGUAAGGAAAAAAGACACCAGACUUUUGUUCCCUAUUGGAGGAAAGCCCUUAGUCUUGUACAGGAGCAGCUUGCUCCCAAGUCCUUUUGGAAGCUGGCAGAGCUAUAUUCCUGACAGCCCUGACUGCCAGGCGGAGCAAAAGACAUUGGUGGGGGUAUGUGAAGCAAAAGGGGCAGGUGCACACACCUCCACAGUGACCUCUGUGCACACGGUUACCACCAACUGGCUGGCCCUCCUCCUCUUCCCUGGCCCACUGAUCAUCCCUUCUCACAGAGGGUCAUCAUUAUUCCCAAAUAUUGUUGGUCUGAUGACUUCUCUUCCCAGUGCAAUUUUUCACUUCCUAUUUCAACCUCUGGUUCCUGGGAUGAGCCAUACCCUGGAACUGGCCCACCCACUGUGUCUUCCAUGUGAGGGAGAACUUUGCAAAUGGCAUCCAAAUGGGUAGGCAGGUGACAGCCGCCGUAUUUAUUUUGCAUAUUUUAAUUUGUAUAUUUUUGUGAUUUAUUUUGGCGUUAUGAGUUUGACUCUCGGGGAGUUUUGUUGUUAUGACUCUUGUGUCUUUUGUCACAAAACAAUGAUAAUAUUUGCUAAACGAUAUAUGGAAUUUAUUUUUGAUUGGUAAUAAAAAAUCAAAUAUGUAUAAA